CAGGAGGUGGCGGCGGGCGCGGGAGCCCGGGCCGCGCGGGACUGGCCGUCGGGGGCCUCGGGACGGCGGCCCCGGGAGGCGGCCCAUGCCAUGGAGAAGCUGGCGGCCGGGCUGGCCAGCCUGCGCUGGAGCAUGGGCGCCUUCCCGCUCGACCUCAUCGUCAGUCGCUGCCGCCUGCCCACGCUCGCCUGCCUCGGGCCAGGGGAGUAUGCCGAGGGUGUCAGUGAGCGAGACAUCCUGCUCAUUCACUCCUGCCGUCAGUGGACAACAGUGACAGCCCAUACCCUGGAGGAGGGCCACUACGUCAUUGGACCCAAGAUUGACAUCCCCCUGCAGUACCCAGGGAAGUUCAAGCUCCUGGAGCAGGCCCGGGAUGUGCGGGAGCCAGUGAGGUACUUCAGCAGCGUGGAGGAGGUGGCCAGUGUCUUCCCUGACCGCAUCUUUGUGAUGGAAGCCAUCACCUUCAGCGUCAAGGUGGUGUCGGGCGAAUUCAGCGAGGACAGCGAGGUCCACAACUUCACGCUGCACGCGGGCGACGAGCUCACUCUCAUGGGCCAGGCGGAGAUCCUGUGCGCCAAGACCCCCAAGGAGCGCUCGCGCUUCACCACGCUGCUGCGCAAGCUGGGCCGGCCCGCCCGCGCCUCCGGCCCGCCGGGCGAAGGCGACCAGGAGUACGUGAGCCCGGACUGGGCCUGCGCCCCCGAGCCCGCCGCGCCGCCCGCCGAGAUCCCCUACGAGGAGCUGUGGACGCACCAGGCGACCGAGGGCCUCGCCGAGGGCCGGGCCUGGGCACCCCCCGGACCCGACCUCAUCUCCUUCGGUGCCGCCGGGCCGCCCCGCCUGGAGCCGGAGGCGCCAUCGCCUCCCCCCGUCCCCCCCAAGUCCCAGGCGGUGAAGGAGGAGUGCCGCCUGCUCAAUGCCCCCCCUGUACCUCCCCGGGGUGGCAAUGGCAGUGGCCGGCUCUCGGGCAGCCCCCCGGUGCCCCCACGCUUCCCCAAGCUGCAGCCUGUCCACUCACCUAGCUCCAGCCUCUCCUACUACUCGUCUGGCCUCCAGGAUGGGGCAGGUUCUCGCAGUGGCAGCGGCUCUCCGUCACCAGAUGCCUACUCCCUUUAUUGCUACCCAUGCACCUGGGGAGACUGCAAGGCGGGCGAGUCCUCCAGCCGCCCACCCCCGGGACCCCUGCCCUCGACCACGCAGCCCAGCCAGGCCGCCCGGGCCCUUGCAGAGCCCCUGAGCGGUCGAGCCACCUCCCUCUUGGGGGCUGACACCCCCGUCAAGGCGUAUCACAGCUGCCCGCCUCUGUUCAAGCCUUCUCACCCCCAGAAACGCUUUGCUCCAUUUGGAGCUCUCAACCCCUUUUCGGGGCCUGCCUACCCUUCGGGCCCUUCAGUGGCUUCCUCUUCUGGGCCCACCACCAGCUCGGGUCCCCUGGCUACCUCCAGCCCUGCUUUUUCUCCAGGCCCGGGCUCACCAGGCCAGGCCUAUUCAGCUGCUCCCACCUCCUGUCCCACCUCCUGUCCCACCUCCUCCUCCCCUUCCUCUGACUGGCAGGAGCCGGCCCUGGAGCCCUUUGAUCCCUUUGAGCUGGGCCAAGGCAGUUCUCCAGAGCCUGAGCUGCUGCGCUGUCAGGAGCCCAGAACUAUGGGGGCACCCCGCCUUUCGCCGCUUGGACCCCCCAAGGCCUUUGAACCGGAAGGUUUGGUGCUGCGGCAGGUCCCCACCCCGCUGUCACCGGUGGCCCUGCAGGGGCCCGAAGCAGGCGGAGCACGGCUCCUUCUCCCCCAAGGGCGCCUGGAAGGGCCUCCUGCCAGUCCCCGGGAGGGGCCUGCAGGCUGGGGAGGCCGGGAUGCCUCCUCCUGGCAGCCCCCUGCUGACCUGUCUGCACUCUCCCUGGAAGAAGUCUCUCGAAGUCUGCGUUUCAUUGGGCUCUCGGAGGACGUGGUGAGCUUCUUUGCCCGGGAACGUAUUGAUGGCAGCAUCUUCGUGCAGCUCAGUGAGGACAUCCUGGCAGACGACUUCCAUCUCACCAAGCUGCAGGUCAAGAAGAUCAUGCAGUUCAUCAAAGGCUGGCGGCCCAAGAUCUGAGCCUCCCAGCGCGGAGGCGGCGGGGGUUAGCCACGGGGCUGUGGGGGCCGCGCGCCCGGAGCAGGUCCUCCCGCAACGAGAAUCUGUGCCGAGAUGGAGGCCGCUAGGCCACCCCUCAGGGUGAAUCCAGGGCAGACACACUUGGAAAUGGGGACGUCUGGCCUUUGUGCCGAGUGGGGAGGGGGCUGGAGGCGCCAGUGCGCACCUGGGCCUGGGGACACGUUGCUGUGAUUCCCGUGUGGGGGGGUGGUGUCAAAAGGAGGAUGGUGACCCGGCAUCCUCCCACGUCCUGACGCAGAACUUCACAGACCUCUCGCGCCGCUCAAGCUUGUAGGUGCAGGUUAGGCACAGGGAAGCAGGUGUCCGUAAUCUAAGCACAAAUUCCCCAUGUGCCCCCUUUCUCUGUUUAUGUUUGGCCUUAGCGGCCCCAGAGUCUGGGGGUCGUUUCUGUAUCUCUUGGGUGCCCUUCCUUUACCCUUUAUGAAUUCGGGCCCUGGGCCCUGGUGCAGGGGUGUCAAGGACGAGCCUGUGCCGCUGCGCCUCGAGGCUCCAGCUCCAUGCACUGCGGACCUGCCCAUCUAGUUAGCGCGGCAGGUGUCCCCUGACGGCUCUAGUGCCCGGGCUUCUGCCUUCCGCCCUGCCGGCGUGGGUCCGGUCUGAGAAGGUUCUUACUCUGUGGAUGAGCCCGUGGAUCGUGGUCAGCUGCUCCUGGAUUCUAGAGGCAAGUGGCCUUCAAUCACCCCCACUUCUGCUGUCUCCUGCCCCCUUCACUUGACUCUGGCAAACAUGUGGUGUCCUCCUCUGGUUUUCUGUCACUGGCACAGGUGGGAUAGGUGGGAAGGAGAAAGCACGUGGUUUGGGAAAACCGGCUCUUCCUGCUCCUGGAGCUCGGGCCUCCUGCCCUUGUUCAUAUGCCUCAGGUCAGGUGUCUGGGGUCUGGGUCCUGGGCUCGGCGAUCUGCUGGCGCCUGGAGCAGCUGGCCUUUGUGUACACCACCCGUCCCCCCGCGCUCUCCCGGUGUCACCCACCCCGAGCCACACUAACUGCUCACGCCACUAGCGUUGGGCCCUAGGCGGACCAGGCUUCUCUUCGGCCUUAUCUAGCCUACCUUGAUAUUUAUUUCCUCCAUUUUUCUCUUGAGUAGUGAAGCCGUGCUGGUGCUCGUGCCCCGCGCGGGGGAGGGGAGUCAGGAGUAGAGCACACACGCUGUCAUGCUGAAGCACUGGGUUUCCUUGCCGAUCACUCUGUGAAUCCUCAAGGACUCGGGAAAUAAACGCUAGAGAACUGAA